UUAAGGCCUGAUGCCUGGUUGUCAGGUCCUUUCAUCCCGGCAUCACUGGGUUCACAGCUUCUGUUACCUUUACGCUGUUUGAACUGACUCAUUGGGUUCCUGAUCUCGGACCUCAGCCCAUUCAGUUGGACCAUGAACGCCCCCUGGUGGAGGGUGGAGCCUCGUUUUCACAGUUCCAUACGUUGGUCGUGGUCUGGACUCAUCACGGCUGUUGGCUGCGAGCAGACGGAGGAGAUAUGAGCUGUUAUCAGCGCGCUGCAACAGGGGCUCGGCUGCCGGCGAGACCGUGUUUGUUAGAACGCAGUUAGAACGCGCUCUGUCCUGUCUUUGAGAGCCCGUACCCAGGCUCUGACAGUGUGGGAGCAGUAGCUCAUAGCCUAGGACUCAUGUGUGAGCUAGCGUCAGUAGAGAUGCUAGCGCUGAACGGGGCGAGCCACCACAGGUUCUCAGUGAAGAUGUGGUAGUGAGCAUGCUCAGAGUGCUGAUCGUUACCAUGGCGAUAUUCAGCAGUGGUCAGACGUGCGGCGACCAGGACAAAUGCCCGGCCAAUCCAGAAUUCAAAGACUACUGUUACUCUGCUCGGAUCCGCAGCACAGUGCUGCAGGGGCUGCCAUUCGGAGGGGUGCCCACCGUACUCGCCCUUGACUUCAUGUGCUUCCUGGUGCUGCUCUUUGUCUUUUCUAUUCUUCGGAAGGUUGCGUGGGACUACGGCCGCCUGGCGCUGGUCACUGAUGCCGACAGACUGAAGAAACGUUUCAGUGAAGCAAAGCUGGAAGUUCUGGAAUACGUUGCCUCGGCGAUGCACUCAGAGACGCCCGACCGCUACGAACGUCUCACCUCCGUCUCCAGCUCUGUGGACUUUGAACAGAGAGACAACGGCUUCUGCUCGUGGCUCACGGCUAUCUUCAGAAUAAAGGAUGAAGAGAUCAGGGAGAAGUGUGGAGAAGAUGCCGUCCACUACUUGUCCUUCCAGCGCCACAUCAUCGGCCUGCUGGUUGUCGUUGGCGUUCUCUCCGUUGGCAUCGUCCUGCCCGUCAACUUCUCUGGAGACCUGCUUGAAAAUAACGCCUACAGCUUUGGACGCACCACGAUAGCCAACCUCAAGUCUGGGACAAACCUGUUGUGGCUCCACACAACGUUUGCCUUCAUGUACCUGCUGCUGACAGUCUACAGCAUGAGGAGACACACAUCCAAGAUGCAUUACAAGGAAGAUGACCUGGUGAAACGCACUUUAUUCAUUAACGGCAUCUCUAAAUACGCAGAGGAGACUCAGAUCAAGCAGCAUUUUGAACAGGCCUAUGAGAACUGCAUCGUGCUGGAGGCUCGUAUCUGCUACAACGUGGCCAAACUGAUGGCUCUGAACGCUGAGAGGAAGAAAACCGAGCGUAGCAAGAAGUUCUUCACCGACCUGAUGGCAAAGGAACACGUUCCCACCAUGAUCAACCCCAAACCCUGUGGACACCUCUGCUGCUGCGCCAUCACUGGCUGUGAGGAGGAGGAGGCAGUGAGCUACUACACCAAGAGGGAGGCCAAGCUGAAGGAGGAGUACAGGAAGGAGAAGGAGAAGGUUCACACCAAACCACUGGGCAUGGCCUUCGUCACCUUCCAGAACGAGGCCAUGACAGCCAUCAUUCUGAAGGACUUCAACGCUUGUCAUGUUCAGGGUUGUCGAUGUCACCUGGAGCCACGUUCCUCCCAGUUCAGUGAAGUGCUUCACGUUUACAACUGGAGCGUUUCAUAUGCGCCCGACCCACAGAACGUGCGCUGGGAGCACCUGUCGCUGGGAGGAAUCUCCUGGUGGAUCCGCUGCUUCAUCAUCAAUUGCAUCCUCUUCAUCCUCCUCUUCUUCCUCACCACGCCCGCCAUUAUUAUUUCCACCAUGGACAAGUUCAAUGUCACCAAGCCAGUCGAGUAUCUCAACAACCCCAUCAUCACUCAGUUCUUCCCCACUCUGCUUCUCUGGGCUUUCUCUGCUCUGCUGCCAACUAUUGUCUACUAUUCUGCCUUCUUCGAGGCCCACUGGACUAGGUCUGGGGAAAACCGGACAACAAUGCACAAAUGCUACACCUUCCUCAUCUUCAUGGUGCUGCUGCUGCCAUCGCUCGGACUGAGCAGUCUGGAUGUUUUCUUCCGCUGGCUCUUCGACAGAAAGUUCCUUGCUGAUGCUAAAAUCCGAUUUGAGUGCGUCUUCCUGCCAGAUAACGGAGCGUUCUUUGUUAACUACGUCAUUGCCUCUGCAUUCAUUGGAAAUGCCAUGGACCUGCUGAGGAUCCCUGGUCUGCUCAUGUACAUGAUCCGACUGUGCCUGGCUCGGUCUGCAGCUGACCGUCGCAACGUCAAGAGGCAUCAGGCCUAUGAGUUCCAGUUUGGGGCGGCGUACGCCUGGAUGAUGAAUGUGUUCACAGUGGUGAUGGCCUACAGCAUAACCUGCCCCAUCAUCGUCCCCUUCGGUUUGAUGUACAUGCUUCUAAAACACCUGGUAGACCGAUAUAACAUGUACUACGCCUAUCUGCCCUCGAAACUGGACAAGAAGAUUCACUCAGGAGCCGUCACCCAGGUAGUGGCUGCACCCAUUCUCUGCCUCUUCUGGCUCCUCUUCUUCUCCACAGUACGCACAGGGUUUGAGACUCCAACCUCAAUGUUCACACUGGUGGUUCUGAUCGUCACCAUCGUGGUCUGUCUGUCUCACGUUUGCUUCGGACACUUCAAGUACCUCAGUGCUCAUAACUAUAAGAUCGACACCAAGGAGAAUGACAUUGACACAGUAGAGAAUGGACGUCCAGCUCGUCCUUCGUCCUCCCCGAGCACCAAAUCUCAACAGCAGCAACAGCAGCAGCAGCAGCAGCAGCAGCAGCAGCAACAGCAGCAGCAGCAGCAGCAGAUGUACAUUGCCCAGGUGCUCCAGGACCCAAACUCAGACGAGCCGGGCAGUGGCAGUGGCGAGGAGGACAGAGGUUCAUCCCAGGACGAGGAGAUGUUAAAUGGUGGAAGCAGUAUCAAUGAGGCGGAUUUCCAGUCGGGGGAGGACAGUCUGAUCGCCAACGAGGUCCGCCAGUAGCUCGGGGUGGAACUCAAGGGAGGGAGCGGAGCUAGUUUGAGGUCCGGGCUCGUAAAACAGUUAGAAAUUGAAGUUGACUGGAGAAUCACUCAACACAGAUUUACAAAGAUUGAGGUGCAUAGCUCCACCCCCUCCCAGCUGGAAGACUUGACCCUGACCUUUGACGCCGGCGCCGGGUCGUAAACAUCCACUUCUGCAUUUCUGUGGAAAUGCGGUGGACAUCGAACUGUUUCCACUGAAGUCACUGUAAAUAACCACAAAGCCAAAAGAAUUUGUUGAAUUGGUCCUCGUGCCGUGACUCCUGGUCUCACCGCGGGAACCGGUGGGGUCUCUAAAGUUGACGCUGACACCUGGUGGAUGCCUCCACACACACCCCUGCUGUCACUGACCUCUGAUGUCUCUGAUGAGUGCUAAUUGACUUGCCAGCCGCCAAAUCUCGUAGGGUUAGAAACUCAGAGAGACUCAUCUCCCUAUUAACUUUUCUCUUAUUCUUUUUGUGGAACCUGUCGGUUGUAGAUUUUGCUGAUACAUUUGACCUGCAUGCACUGCAAGCGCUGCCCAGGCAACAUUUCCACCUUUGGAUGACAGUAAUCACCAGUGACAACAGUCGUUGUUCACCUCAUCCUUGUUAUGCUGUCUGCUGGAUGAUGAACCACUGGACUCAGCACAACGAUGCAUUACACGAUUGGCUCUGACUUCACCUGAACUACCUUAAAAAUGAAUAACUGGCAAACAGAAGUGGGAUGUUUGUCUGCUUAGGUUUAGCAACCAAAACUCCUUCGUACAUGAUGACACAUUUAGCAGCAGCAGUGCAAACGUUGGAGCUCAGGUAGACAGUGAAGAGCAGUGCUUUUCACCCGGAAGGUCUACCCACAGUGCCGGAAGGUUUCAGGAUUCUCAAGGGAAGAUGUGUGUGUGUGUGUGUGUGUGUGUGUGUGUGUGUGUGUGUGUGUGUGUGUGUGUGUGUGUGUGUGUGUGUGUGUGUGUGUGUGUGUGUGUGUGUGUUUUAGCUAGCUAGCUUAGUGUACACAAACCUGCGCCAUGAAGGGUUCACUAGGCAGCACUUCCGCUUCUUUAACUGAUCGUCAGUGAACUGUGAUAUUAGAUUUACCACAUUCACAUUAUUAAAAAGAACAGUGAGGUCACUCAAGCUCAACCCUAAGAGGUCAUGUCACUUCCUGUUUGUCAGGAGAGUGGGUGAACUGAAGGGUUGCUAGCCUAACCCAGACAGAGGUGAAACAUGAGGGUAAACUGUUAGCCUGGCGCUACAGGUAGGGACACCCUCACCCUGAAGCAUCUCAGCCAAUCGGGCUUGCUCGCGUCUGUUAGCAUAGUUUAAAAAAAAGUAAGCAUAGUUUAAAAUUAAGACCAAAUUUUAACUUCAGUGUCCACUAAUCUAGAGAUUGUCCAGUCUUCACUGCAGAAUGAAAUGCUACACUUAAGGUGGUGCUUGGCUAGGCUAACAGAGUCCCUGUGCUAAGCUAGGCUACAAACAAGAAUCAAUAGAGGACACAGAACUCUUGACACACCUAAAUAUUAUAAAUCAUGUGAGUUGGAGCAAGAACCUCCUCUAUCAUUAGCGGGAUUUACUCAUUCAAUUUAUUUCAAUUCAAUUUUAUUGAUAUAGCGCCAAUUCAAAGCAUAGUUAUCUCGAAGCACUUCACCAGGUAAGGUUUAAGACCUUACACAACUAAACCCCAGCAACAGUGGAGAGGAAAAACUCCCUCUCUAACGAGGAAGAAACCUCCAGCAGAAUCAGACUGGAUGUGGGCGGCCAUCUGCCUCGACCGGUUGGGGUGAGGAGAGAGAGAGAGAGAAAAGAAUAGCAACAAGCAGACAAACAGAGCACAGGCAGGACGGGUGGACUAGAGACUGGACACAGGCAGGAUGGUUGGACCAGGGACUGGACACAGGCAGGAUGGAUGGACUAGAGACUGGACACAGGCAGGAUGGUUGGACUAGAGACUGGACACAGGCAGGAUGGUUGGACUAGAGACUGUACACAGGCAGGAUGGUUGGACCAGGGACUGGACACAGGCAGGAUGGGUGGACUAGAGACUGGACACAGGCAGGACAGGUGGACUAGAGACUGGACACGGGCAGGAUGGUUGGAUCAGGGACUGGACACAGGCAGGAUGGUUGGACCAGGGACUGGACACAGCCAGGAUGGGUGGACUAGAGACUGGACACAGGCAGGACAGGUGGACUAGAGACUGGACACAGGCAGGAUGGUUGGACCAGGGACUGGACACAGGCAGGAUGGAUGGACUAGAGACUGGACACAGGCAGGAUGGUUGGACCAGGGACUGGACUGGACACAGGCAGGAUGGUUGGACCAGAGGCUGGACACAGGCAGGACGGGUGGACUAGAGACUGGACACGGGCAGGAUGGUUGGAUCAGGGACUGGACACAGGCAGGAUGGUUGGACCAGGGACUGGACACAGCCAGGAUGGGUGGACUAGAGACUGGACACAGGCAGGACAGGUGGACUAGAGACUGGACACAGGCAGGAUGGUUGGAUCAGGGACUGGACACAGGCAGGACAGGUGGACUAGAGACUGGACACAGGCAGGAUGGGUGGACUAGAGACUGGACACAGGCAGGAUGGUUGGACCAGGGACUGGACACAGGCAGGAUGGAUGGACUAGAGACUGGACACAGGCAGGAUGGUUGGACCAGGGACUGGACUGGACACAGGCAGGAUGGUUGGACCAGAGGCUGGACACAGGCAGGACAGGUGGACUAGAGACUGGACACGGGCAGGAUGGUUGGAUCAGGGACUGGACACAGGCAGGAUGGUUGGACCAGGGACUGGACAUAGGCAGGAGGGGUGGACUAGAGACUGGACACAGGCAGGAUGGUUGGACCAGGGAUUGGACACAGGCAGGACGGGUGGACUAGAGACUGUACAUAGGCAGGCUGGUUGGACUAGAGACUGUACACAGGCAGGCUGGUUGGACCAGGGACUGGACACAGGCAGGAUGGGUGAAUCAGGGACUGGACACAGGCAAGACGGGUGGACUAGAGACUGUACACAGGCAAGCUGGUUGGACCAGGGACUGUACACAGGCAGGACGGGUGGACUAGAGACUGUACACAGGCAGGAUGGUUGGACCAGGGACUGGACACAGGCAGGACAGGUGGACUAGAGACUGGACACAGGCAGGAUGGGUGGACUAGAGACUGGACACAGGCAGGAUGGGUGGACUAGAGACUGGACACAGGCAGGAUGGGUGGACUAGAGACUGGACACAGGCAGGAUGGUUGGAUCAGGGACUCGACACAAGCACGUCUUUAUCGUUUACCAUUCCAGCUUCUCGGCGGUGAUCUGAUGGCUCCUGCCCCUGUCUAGACUUACAGCUGUGUUCUGCCCCCUUACAAACUUUAUUACAACCACAAUGGUUCACGAGUGUCAACGGGAAUGGAGCAUCACUGGAUCACAGUCCAGGAGUCACCAUACAUUUUUGGCAGGUUGUUGGAGGAAGAAGGUCUGCACAAAUCAAAGGUUUGAGUGAGCCACUCAAACCUUUGAUGGUGGUGUUUGGUUUAAAAUGUUUACAUGAGCUGUUGUCAUGUUGCUUAGUGUGUGUGUGUGUGUGUGUGUGUGUGUGUGUGUGUGUGUGUGUGUGUGUGUGUGUGUGUGUGUGUUUGUGUGUACACGGCUGGAAUAUGAGAGCUGUAGCCUCGUGCCUGGUGGCUACACGCUGGAGAACCCGCAGUGUUUGUGUCUGUGUUUCGUCUUCCAUCUUCACCUCCAGUGGACGUGUGCACAUAAAACCCAAACUGAAAAACUCAUGCUGAAUCUGAGUUCUGACCUAAAGUUCAGUUUAGCAGCUCUCAACUCAACAGUGCAGCAAUUACAACAGAUUUGUGUUCAUCUGGAUUCUGAUGCUGACCAAAAUAUGAAAUCCCCAUUUGUUGUGAAACCAGAUAAAGAUUUGGAUUCCUCAAACUCUGGAUGUUUGAUUUUCAGAUGAUGUUUUGAUCGACUAAAAUACGUGGAACAGUAAUUAGAUUACCAGCAUAGCAGUAAGGAUGUCUGAUGUUGAGCCCAGCGUUCAGGUCUGUGGUUAGAGGUUAGGCUCUGGACUGGAUCUGGCCUGGGGAUUGAGAGCUGCUGUGUUCACUGACAUCUCUGCAUUCUGUGAUAUUUUUGUAACCUGCUGACUGAAGUAUUUGAUACCGAACACGUAUUAAACAGUAGCUGUUGUAACAUGUAACUACAGAUUUUUUUUAACGAGCAGCUGCUUUACUUUUUGCUUUUAGUGUUUUUUUAAGCUGUGAAAUGAAGAAUGUCAAGUGGCGAGUGCGCUGAAAGCUACUGAAACAUGUUUGACAUAGUGUGAGUAAACGGCCACUGAACUGCACACGGCUCAGCAUGUCUACUGACUGCAACAGCCCAUUGGUUCAUCACCUACUUCUAAUUUAUUUCUAUGAAACUUAUUUAUUUUUAAUUUGGUUUUCAGGUGUAUGUGAAGUGAAACAUUUGUUCUAUUUAUGUUACUUGAUCAAUAAAAUUGGCUUCAUCUGUU